AUGGCAAAUGACAAGUCAAUUAUUUUAAAAUUUUCAAUACUGCUAAUCGUAGUAGUUGCAUUUGAAGUUGGAGAUGCGGUGACUGUUAUAAUUAAGAAUGAUAUAUCGCCAUAUCCAAAACCCACAGAACUCACCGUUCACUGUAAAUCUAAGAACGAUGAUCUUGGAUUUCACAACCUCGCCUUUGGCGAAACUUACAUGUUUUCCUUUAGACCAUUAGUGUUUCCACCCACUGCAAAUACCUUAUUCUUCUGCAGCUUUACAUGGCCAAGAAAUCCCUACCGUCAUUAUCUCGACAUUUAUGAUCAAGCCAAAGAUGACUGCCAAACUUGCAAUUGGAGAAUUAGUAAAACCGGUGGUUGUAAAUCUAGUAAAGAGGAUCCUGAAUUUUGUCAAAACUGGAAAAGUAUUGAGUAA